GUUUCUCUGUUUCGGCGACUCUUCUGGAUCAUUUCCGGGUCAGCAGCUACAGGUUGCUAAGAAGUUGGUGCAGAUGACACGUCAGCUGACUGGAAAACAACACAAACUGCAACACCUGCUUGAAUAAGAUAAAGUCACAAACCUCCGCGGUGCAUGUAAACGCGCACUGACGACUGUCGCUGCAUUACAAACGCGAAGAAGAGUCGCGCGCCACUGCUGCAGCAUCACGCAUGCUGAGCUUGAGAGAGAGUUCAGCAUCAUUCAGUCCGGACCCGCGGAAGAUGAUCAGCCCAGCGGUGCGGCGUUGUCGUGGGUGAGAGAGAGCUUACCGGACCGGUGCUGUCGUCUUCCGCAUCCCGAGCAUGUCGUCCCCGUCGCCGGUGCAGAUCAGAGAGGCGAACGCGCACCUGGCGGCGCUGCACAGACGGGUCACAGACCUCGAGCAGAGGCUGGAGGACGCGGAGAAAACCGUGCGCGAGCAGGCGGAGAGCCUCAUCCGCAAAGAUGAGCAACUGAGAGCCACCACGCAAGAGAUCACGGAGGCCAAGGACAAAGAGAUUUUCUUCCUCCAUGAGAAGCUCUGUCAAUCAGAGGAAUCCAUCCAUAAACUCAACCAAACGAUUAAGGAAAAAGAUUCUCUAAUCGGACAGUUACAACACCGAUGUCAGCUUCUGGACAACAUUUGCAAAAGCCGUCCAUUUUUGGACAGCAUGCUGGCUCAGAUGGCCGAGGCAGAGAGGAUGGGGCCUGUCAGUGACUUGGGGAAGCCCACGACCAACAGCUCUCUCAUGGACGGAGAAUCCAACUGCAGUCCCAGCCGCCUCUCCAACCACAAAGACUUCUCCCUCAGCGAGGACGACUCUGACGAUCAGGAAUUAGAUGGGGUUGUGUUUGGGACCACAGUAUGAGAGUCUCAAUUCAACUGCUCCUCAUCUCAGGUUUAGCAGCCUGUGUGUGUUUUAUGGUUACAAUUGAUGCAGUGUCUUGUAAAACAUCUGUUAUAUCAUAAAACAGGUUACUGGAGUGUGAAUGGGAUGCUACUGUAAAGAGCGAAAGCCUGGUCAGUUCUGGCUAAAUCUGUGCACAAAUUGGUGCAAGUAUGCCACAUAUCUUUUAGAUUUGUCCCUCAGAUUACUGGAUAUUUAGGUUCAGUUUGAAAUAACGAGUUAAUUUAUCUUUAAUCUUCCCUUUUUAACUUUUAAAUUUGCAUAUGCUUUGAUAUACCUUAUGGAUUUAUUGCGUUACAUGAAUAUUUAAGAACAUUUUUAAAAUUUGCAUUGAAAUGACCUGUUACAUGCAGUCUACCUGCAGUUUAAUUUGUUACCAUGAUGCAGUCCUGUUUUUAAAAGAUGUUUUAGAGAUGUAAUAUACUGUGACAUUGCAUGCUUACUGUUUUGUCGGAGCCUCUCAGUGAGCAAUUUGAUGCAAUAUGAUGGAUUCUUGUUGGGAAAGCCGCAGGAGUUGGAUUUAGAUGAUUUAGACCCAUUGUUAUCUAUUGUAUGCCAUGCAUUGGUCACAAAUAGACAGGUUUAAAUCAUAAAUUAGACUGUUGGACUCCCAUAUUAAAAUGCAACACAAUACUUUGCAUAUCUAUGCUGGAAAGUUCAAAGGAAUAGCUCACCCAAAAAUUUCAAUUUUGUCAUUUGCUCAACUUCAUGUCAUGUCCUGACAGGUUCUAAACAUGUAUUACUUUCUUCUGCAGAACACAGCAUUUAAUUUGAACAUUUAGAGUCCAGUGGAUGAAGAAAAAAAAAAAACGAGGGAAAGUCAUUGGACUAUAAUGUGAAUUUAAAUUGUUACAUUUUUCUCUACCCUAAAAAAUGCAGGUUGCUUGUUUAAUCUAAUUAUUUAUUCUGAAAAAUUAUAAUAAAUUAUUUUUCAGUGCUAAAUAUCUAAAGUGUGUACUUUUUCCUCGGAAGCGCAAAUAUACAGCAAAUCAUGCAAACCCUAGCAUUAAAUAUUUUCUUUUAAUAUUUUCUUCUCUAAAAAUUUAAUAUUUUAUUUUCUAAUAUUUUAAUAAUAUUUUUGUUUAUUUUAAAAUAGCUUAAAUAUGUCUAUUAAGCUUUGGGUUGGGUGAACUAUUCCUUUAACUGUGCAAUUUUUUUUUUAUUUUUUUUUUUUUUGAUUCCUUACAUGUACGAGUUCUUUUGGACCCAUUUUUAUAAAAUAAAUAAAAUAACUUUACAGUAAGGCUUGUUAAUGCAUUAGGUAUCAUAAAUUAAAAACAUUUUUUUUUUUACAGCAUUUAUGUUUAUAAAUAUUCUGUUGUUUGUUAAUUGAUACAGUUUGAAAUGUUAAAUGUAUAUUAGUAUACAAUAGAACGUUCCUGAAAAACUGUGGAAAUGUUUUCCUCCACUGAGGAUUAAAAAUUUGUGCUGGAAACUCAGAAGUAUCAGAAGUGAAUCAUGGGAGUAAUACACAAAACAGUUUUUGAGAUACCCUACCACCACUGUGCAGUUGAGCUUCAGCGCUGGAGCGCCAGGCGGCUGUUAAUGACAGUGUGACAGCAAACGUAAUUUAAGAUGCAUGUAUAUAAUUAAAUGAUCUAUGCAGUGAAAUUGUUCUCUGAGAGGCUCCCUUAAUAAAACAGUUCUUAAAAUAGAGCUUCACCAGAUAAACCGAGCAAAGCCAAGCAAGCUAAAGCUGUUGCUUAUGCAUUUACAGGCUCAUGGUUGAGAAAUCGUAAGGAGUGUAAAAACACUUGUUUUUGUUGAAUAUCUCAUAUACCUGUUUCAUGGGUUGAAUGAAUCAUGUUACAUAUUUACAUGUAAACAUAAAACAGCUGUCCUAUUUGCUGUUAUUUCAGUUCUAAUGUAAUGCCAAUACGAAUAGAUAUGGUAUAGGCCUUGUUCCAAAUUUAUUUUGUCAUUCGUUUAAUUCAGCCUAGCAAAAUCAAGUCUAUGCAAGCCAAGUCAUAUUUUGUCAUAUUGCCAGAUGGAGGGGAGCCAUAAUGUAGUGCGUGAGUGUACUGAUGAUGGGGCAUUAUCCAUGUACAGCGUGUCAUGUGUCCUGUUGAGAUGUGAUGGUUACACAAUAUUUUUGUGUUCAUUUUAAGAGUUACAUGUAGUUUUGAACUGCAGCAUGUUACAUAUUGGGGCAUGCCAUAUUUGUCUUGCUAGUGCCCCGUACAGAAGUGACCAUAUUUCCCUACAGAUAAAGUAAAGCAGUGCCUAGAAGACUGAUGGUUACUUGUUCAAUGGAAUUAUUUAUUCUGAAAAAUUCUAAUAAACUAUUUUGUUAUUCUUCAGUGCUAAA